AUGUCCAAAAUCAUCACUGUUUUCGGUGCUACCGGACAACAAGGUAGCUCUGUUAUCCUUACCAUUCUGCAGGACGAAACCCUAUCCAAAGAAUUCAGGAUUAGAGGAGUCAGUCGCGAUAUAUCGAAGCCGCAAUCUCAGGCUCUUGCAAGCCAGGGCGUGGAGCUCGUCUCGGCCGACAUGAACUCCAAGGAGUCACUGCUGAAGGCCAUUGAAGGGAGUCAUUCAGUAUUCCUUGUUACCACUCCAGCUUGGGGAGUCGAGGGGUCCGACGCGGAGCUAGUGCAUGGCAAAAACGUCGCCGAUGUUUCAAAGGAGACAGGCGUCAAGCACCUCAUCUUUUCUUCCUUGUUGAACGUCACCAAUGAAACAGGUGGCCGACUCAAGCACGUCCCCCACUUUGACCACAAGGCCCAAGUCGAGCAGUAUAUCCGGUCGAUUGAUGUGCCCGCUACCUUCGUGCUUCCUGGAUAUUUCAUGAGUAAUUACACUCAGCUUGGAUUGCUACGCAAGGGGGACGACGACGUUUACACAUUGGCGUACCCGGUUGGCAAGGAUGCUCAAUUCCCGCUCAUCGAUAUCGCAAGCGAUAUGGGUAAAUACGUCGCAGCUGCCCUGAAGAAUCGAUCAGCAGUUCUCGGAGUCCAAUUUUUCGCUGCUGCAGACUACUACACUCCAACACGCAUCCUUGCCGAGUUUGAGGAAAUCACUGGAAAGAAGACUCGGUUUGUGCAGGUGGAUUCUGAAACUUACAAGAGCUUCAUACCGGGGCCGAUAGGCCAAGAGAUGCUUGAGAACCACCUCUUCAUCGAGAGUCCUGGUUAUUUCAAAGGCCAAAGCUUGAAAGAAAGUCAUGAUCUGCUUGAAAAGGCCAGUUACCGUCCUACUACCUGGAAAGCCUUCUUGGAGCAGAACAAGUACUCUCUGUGA